AUGGCCUCCAGCUCUGAGUCAGACAUUAGCGCAAGCUGCUGUGAUCAAGAAGUUACACACACAGAUACACCGAAGAUUAACAAGGGUCCAAAGGUCGCUUCCGUUUCUUCUGCUUGGGGAUUGCCGGAACCAGUUCUUCGCGUAGGAAAUCGUACUAUCUUUACGCAUGGACGUCCACCUUGGUAUAAUGCUGAAGGACAAACUCAACAGCCUUUUGUAAUCGGCAUAUGUGGAGGUAGUGCAAGCGGUAAAACAUCUGUUGCCCGCGUAAUUAUUGAAAGUUUGGAUGUACAGUGGGUCAGUUUAAUAAGUUUGGACUCAUACUACAAGGUUCUUACACCAGAGCAAAGACUUCAAGCUAUUGCUUGUCAUUACAAUUUCGAUCAUCCAAGCGCUUUUGAUCUUGAUUUAUUGGAAAAUCAUUUGCGCAGGUUACGCGACGGUAAAACUAUUGAAGUACCUGAAUAUGAUUUUAAAACCCAUUCUCGUACUUCUAAAACGAAUACUGUCUACGGAGCUAAUAUUAUUAUCAUUGAAGGAAUUUUGGUAUUCUAUUCGCAAGCUGUGGCCAAACUAAUGGAUUUGAAGGUAUUUGUUGAUACAGACGCAGAUGAACGCUUAUCUCGUCGUCUUCGUCGUGAUAUUAGUGAACGUGGUAGAGAAUUGAAUAGCGUACUAGAACAAUAUAUGCGUUUUGUCAAACCUUCCUAUGAACAAUUUAUUGCUCCAAGUAUGGCUCAAGCAGAUAUUAUUGUUCCAAGAGGUGGACAAAAUGUUGUCGCUCUGCAACUUAUCGUUCAACACAUCAAUAAACGUUUAAAACAGUGUGGACUACGAAGCAGACAUGAAUUCGCUAAAUUCCCGUUCAUACUUUCUAAUGGCACAUUACCAACAGAUUCCAAUGAUACAACUUGGGAGAACAAUAAUUCAACUGGUGUAAAUAAUACAGUAGAUGAUGUUUUUACAAUGAACAACCAUCUGUAUCAUAACAAGCAAUAUACUACUAAUGGUACAUCUGAUAAAGUAUGUCUCCCACCUCAAGUUCAUGUAUUACCUUCCACACCUCAAAGACUUGGUCUGCAUACAUUAAUUCGUGAUCGGAGCACCAAUCAAGAUGCAUUUGUUUUCUAUGCCGAACGUUUGAUGCGUCCUUUAUGUGAAGCUGCAAUGAAUCUACUUCCGCAUAUGGAUAUAGAUAUCGAGACUCCUCAGGGUAUCACCUAUCGUGGUCGGAAAUUAGCCACUGGCACUCAAAUAUGUGGUGUAUCUAUUCUAAGAGCAGGUGAAGUACUUGAACCGGCUUUAUGCGCUGUGUGUAAAGAUAUCCGUUUGGGCAAAAUUUUGAUACAAACCAAUCCAGUCACAUCUGAACCUGAAUUACACUACAUUCGUUUACCUCGAGACAUUAAAGAUUGUUUUGUUAUACUCAUGGAUGCCACUGUGGCUACUGGAGCGGCUGCUAUAAUGGCUAUGCGUAUAUUAGUGGAACAUGAUGUACCAGAAGAUAAAAUUAUUCUUAUCUCUUUAAUAAUGGCUAGUCAAGGUGUACAUUCUGUUGCUUACACAUAUCCAAAGGCUCACAUUGUAACUACUGCUGUAGAUUCAGGCUUGAAUGAUAGUUAUCACAUUGUUCCAGGUGUUGGAAAUUUCGGUGAUCGCUAUUUUGGUACUACUCUGGAUCUAGAAACAAGAUAA